AUGCGAGCAGCGACUUUAUCUCUAUACCCAUCGAAAUCCAGCACCAGAACCACACGAGUGUCGUUCUUCAAUGCGGCCAGAAUUCUGUCCUACCAACCAGAACUACAGUCCCAGAUUCGCAAUUACACUUUCUCGACGGCCAGACAGCACGAUGCCNCUGAACAUCCCCAAAAGCCUACUCGACGUACUCUCCAAUCCAUACCGACUACCAGUCUCGUGCGUUCGCUCAUUGUACUUUCGGCUACUGCACUCCCGGCAAAGCUGCUGGCCUUCCUCAUUCGCUUGACCAAGAAGCACGUUGGCAUCGUCGAAUCUGUUGGUCCUUUGCGAUGGAUCUUCAAGAGGUUGUUGUACGACAAUUUUUGCAUUGGUUUUCGGAAGGACGAGAUUCUGACCAAGACUCAAGAGCUGCGUCGCAUUGGCUUCACAGGCAUUGUUUUGGCCAAUGCUCGUGAAGCUCAGCCUACUACAAACUCCAACGUGGGAUCUGUGGUUGGUGACGUUCAGUGCGAAGAGUGGGUCAACAACAAUCUUGAGUCCGUACAGCAAGCAGAGCCUGGUGACUAUAUUGGUUUGAGAUUCACAGGCGCAGGUACAGCAGCAGCAAAAUUUCUGUCGGAUUUCUCGGCCACUUGCAAGUCCCACGAUCUGGAGAAGGCUAGCGAGCUCUACUCUGCUGAGAUGCAAUAUUAUGUUGCUCAGGUGGAAAGGAUAUGUACAGCAGCUGAAGCACGAAAAGUGCGAGUUUUGAUCGAUGCCGAAUCAUCGACUUACCAGAAGGCGAUCGACUAUACAGCUCUUGUGAGUCAACUCAAUCACAUUUUCGAUGGCUUCGCUGACCUCUUUAAGCAAACUAUGAGCCGCUUCAAUACUUCGCAUAGAGCCUUGGUCUUCAACACUUAUCAGAUGUCAGUCUCUGACAAACCUCUGCAGACAGCCGUAGCUGACUUAGGAGCAGGUNAUCUCAGAUCAAAUAUCGACAAGAUAAGGCUGCACCUGAAUCAUUCGAUCAAGCAUGGCUAUGUUCUUGGUGCCAAGUUGGUGCGAGGUGCAUACCUCCACACGGAACUGGAUAAACAAGCUCUACACAUCUCCAAGCAACAGACGGAUGAAGCAUAUGACGAUGCUGUUCGUUUUCUUUUACAUGAAGAGAGUGGUACAGCCUGGAAAGCCGACAUCAUGCUAGCAACACACAACGCCAAAAGCGUCCGACAAGCCUUCGACCUAUACACCGGCACUUACAUGACCUCAAAGCCAAAAGAUACGCCCGAGCCUCAAGUUCGUGGUAUGGCCUUUGCUCAAUUGAUGGGAAUGGCCGAUGAAGUCUCUAUGGACCUGGUGAACAAGACUGAGCAGGCGAAGGUAGAUGAUUCAACCAGAUAUCUGACGGAGGUGGACAAUGCAAACUUGUAUCCUCGUCUUGGCGUUUACAAGUACACUGCUUGGGGAUCUCUGCGCGAUUGUCUUUUGUACAUCUUGAGACGAGCAGAAGAGAAUAAAGACGCUGCUGCUCGUACUCAGGAUACGGCUCUUGCAGUCUUACGCGAGCUUCUAUCAAGAGUCCUGCGAAGGACUUGA